GAAUGCCUGCCGUCUGCAGCCCUGGCAUGGUGCCUGUGGCCAUGCCCCCACCAGCCGUGACUGCUCAGCCCCGCUGUAAUGAGGAGGACCUGAAGGCCAUUCAGGACAUGUUCCCCAACAUGGACAGGGAGGUGAUCCGCUCUGUGCUGGAGGCUCAGAGAGGAAACAAGGAUGCCGCCAUCAAUUCCCUGCUGCAGAUGGGCGAGGAGUCCUAGACUCACCUCUGCCCAUGCCUCAUGCCACCAGCCCUUUGGACCUGACCUCCCAGGGCUCCCCAGGGUCAUUAUCCCAACAAGAUUCCUAUGAAAGACCACCCAUGUACCCCUUCCUUGGACAUCUGUGCCACCCCCUUCCCACCUGUUUUUGGGAUGCAUGUGGGUUUUCGGUUCCCGGCAGCCCUCUUUGCCAUUGGUGGUGAAUGGGGUAGCUCCCUUCUUGUCUUGGGUUAGGUGAUGGUGGUGCAGUCCUGUCACAGCACAGACCCAUGCUUCUGUUGCUUGGGGACCUGUGUCUGUCCUCUUCACACUGUUCUGGAAAGCAUUCUUGGCCACUUCUGUCAGGGCAUUAGAAAUUGUGGAGCAUCCUUCUAGUUGAUGAAUUGCAUGGGGUUAUUCAACUUAAGUGGGAUAGACCUGGUAGUUAAGGAACUCAGAACUCACGUGCACUGACUUGUGGAUUAUUUAGAACUUCGAGCUGAAAGCUCAUGUCCUUCCCCUGAUGUUCUUUGUGAACCUGGGUUACUCACCUGUUCUGGGCGAAUGAGCUGUGCUUCCCAGCAAUAGCCAGCAGGCCCGGGCUUUUGCCUGGCUUACCUGGUCACUGUCCAGCCAGGCCUCAGCCAUAGAUUCCAACAGGAAUACAGAAUGAGUCCAAACCUAAUGUGUGACAGAAGCCUGAGGCUGGCUGGGCUCUGCCUUGCCCUCUGCAGGCUGCUGUCUGUCUCCUGCUGUUUCAUGCCAGCUCUGUGGGAGUUACCCCAGGCGCUUCUUGCCUCAGAGCCUGGAGUCGGUGAAAGAGGCAGGUGCAGCACUGUAUGUUUACUAAAGGGUGUUCAGGCAUUGUGGCCACUACUGUCCUAAUGUAAGAGAUGCUGUGCACCAUACCGUAGUUCAGUUUGGGUGAUAGAAACGGCGCAUGUAACACUUUCAACUUUUCAAAACCUAGUGUACCGGCCACUUGGUCCCUCCGUGUUACAACUUGGUUACAGACCUUUUGACCCCUGUCUUGGCUACAGACUUAAGGUUUAGGGACAGGGUGAGUUACACCUUGUGUUAAGACUCGGAACCUUGAGAGCAUUCUCAAAAGUGAUGCACUUUAAAAUAUGCAUACUUCAUUGAAAAGCUAGCGCGCAUUGUUGCAUGUUUGUGGUGUUACAAUUUUGCAUUAAAUUGCAGUUGCUUCUCAUUCUUCCACGUAUUUGCACCCAGACUUUGGAUACAAGACCCUGCCAAUAUGGGCAUGAAGAUAAAUCCACCAGUUUCAGCUUCUGACAAAGAUUUAGAAUAAGGAAGUUCAUGGUGAAAUUUCAAGUUUUUUUCCCCCCUUCUAAAAAUUUAGGAUAAGAUUUAAUGUCAGCUAGAAAGCUCUGCUUACUGCUAUCUAGGGAGGUGCUUUUUGUCAAAUAUAUUAUUCCCAAAUAUUUAUUUUUGUAAACCUGAAGGAGUGUGUGGUGGUGGCAUGGGUGUUGGAUUUUAUGACUAUUAAGUCUCAUGAUGGAGGAGAAAGACGCCAGUGUUUAAGUAGAUUCUCCCACUCACUUUAACACAGCUGGUCACUGGAAUUCUUCAUUCCAGACUCAUAUGGCCUUGUGUCUAUAUAGCAGAUGCCCUCCCGUGGUGGGGGGCAUGUCAGGAAGGACAGGACCACUCCUGGUGGUCCAUCCAUCUAGUGCCACCAGCAGACUUGGCGCAGAAUGGAGCGUGAGCCUGCAGUGACGGCUUUCAAGUCCCGGGUGUGGCUGCACAUGCCAGCUUCUGCCUUAAUGUUGCUGGGCUGCCUGAGUGUGCGGCUGCCUCACUCACAUGUGGCUCUGUGAGGUGUGUCCUGGAGAGUGUCACCAGGCACCAGCCGCCAACCCUGGAGCGGCCACCAAGGCACCCAUAAUGGCAGCACUUGUAGUUGGCACUCACAUGCAGGAGAGUGAUAGUUAUAAGGUAGAUUUCAGACUGAACUUACACAGUCUCUUCCCUUUUUCAUGAACACUUUAUUUUUUUAAUAGAUUGAAGAGAGAUCACAUUUUAUAAGGCCUUUAGUUAAUAAGACUCUUCUUUGUUUUGUGCUGUUCUUGUUGUAAAUGUAAUAUGUCCCUGCCUGUCCAGGACAGGGUGUCAUGGCAGUGCUCAUUAGCACCUGCCUGGGAGCCUGGGCCUACGAGCACAGUUCACUUGACCCUCUGUCCUGGCCUGUGUCUGGUAUGGAUGAAAGGUUAUCACAACCUGGAAGGAGUGGCUUGGCUGAGACCACAGCAGACUGGGACAGAUGUAGAUAGGCUCCUGACUAGGGAUCUGGGCUCUGCCUAGGUUUUGUUGCCAACUCUUGCUUGUGUGUGCAGAUGCAGGUCGAUAGUAAAGCCAUGUAGGACGUUGGGUGGGAGCAGCCCAUGGGCCGUUUCCACUGUGGGUGGGGUCUGCACAGCCGGCUAUGCUUUUUUCUAAGGGAGAUGCUGUUUUUUAGAGUCAGAGCCCGUUGUGUGUCCAUGGUCUGACAUGACCUCUGGCUUCCAUCUUACCAUGUGAGUGAUGACUGGCCAGAGAAGUGUGUUGUGUAGUUGGGUUCUGCCCACCUUCUCUCAAGGCCACCUCUUCUCUGUGGAUUCUGGUGUCGACUGAGAUACACCGCGUGGUGUUGUUGGGAACAAUUCACAGAACUUGGCGUUCCUGGUAAUUGGGGGGAGGGGUCCAUGUCCAGAUUCUUCUUUGAUUGUAAAAUAUAUUUUUACCUUUUAGCCUUCUAAUUUAAUAAGUGGUCCAUAUAAAAAUAAAUAAAUAAAGUCCUUCAAGGGAAUGUUUACCAUUUUUGUUCUUGAGUGUUUUUUAAUGUAGCUCAUGCUAUGCAGGAGUAAUGAACCAGUCA